AUGUAUUGUGAAAUUAUAUUGCUUAAAUAAAGAGUUGUAAAUUUAUUAUAAAUUAUAGCUAAUAUUUCGUUAGCCGGAAGCUUAUACAUUAUGUCUGUUAACAGUGGAAUUUACAUCGUUCUUUUCUAAAAUGAGUUUUCCAGAAUGCCUUUUCUGCAUUAUACAUGUUAUAUAUUCAGCUUUAUAAUUGGAAUUAAUGGUCAAGUUUCAUUAAAAAUGGAUAUAGACACAAUUUCGUUUGGUGAUUAUAUCGUUUUGACCUGCACAGUUCAUGGAAUACAAACAAUCGAUAUCACAACAACACGACAGUGGUCAAUGGGAGACAACGACGAACUGUUAUGUUACAAUGGAAGAAUAAAUAAUCUCAGGAAGUAUAAAGAAAAAGUACUUCCAGGAAAUGAGUUUAGUCUUACAAUAUUCAAUGUAACGGAAUCAGAUCUCAAUGUAGUUUAUCAAUGUCGCUAUGGCUUUGAUGCAGCAAGUAAAUUAUUAGAAGCCCAAGAACCCAAAUUGUUUUUAUCAUUAAGAUUGGUGAAAGAUUCCAUUAUAUUCGGAGGAGAUAUCAUAUUGACAUGCGCAGUAAAUGGAUUAAGCACCGUAGAUAGAGACGUAACAAGACAGUGGUCAAUGGGAAAGCAUGACGAAUUAUUAAGCUACAAUGGCAGAAUAAACAAUCACAAAAAGUAUGAAGAAACAGUUCUUCCCGGAAAUAAGUUCAGUCUUAAAGUAUUCAAUAUAACAGAGAAAGAUGUUAAUAUAACUUACCGAUGUCGAUAUGGUUUUGAUACAGCCACAUACUUUAUCAAUAUUAACGAGAGUGUAAGUCUACAGAAAAGUGUCAACAGUUAUCAUUCAUUAAAUAUAUCAUCUCAUAGUAUAACAGGUCAAAAAGAAGUUAAUCAUGGCAAUGAUACAAUCUCCUCUGAAAAUGAUAAAGAAAAUCUUGGAACAAAACAUAGUGUUACCUUGUUAUCUAUACUGAUUUUGUUAGCUGUUAUACUGCUUUUGAUACUGGUAACAGUAGCUCUUUUUAUUGCCAAACGAAAACACAUACGAAAAGAAACAAAGAACAAGAACCAAAAAGAUAACAUAAUGGAACGUGAAAACCUUUGUACAUCUUCUGAAGGAGAAUGCAUUUCAAAGAAAGAAAAGUCUCAAACUGACACUACAGUCUAG